UGAUGACGAUGAUGACGAUGACGAUGAUGGGGAUAAUGAUGAGAGCGAUGAUGUUAUGGCUGAGGCGAAGGUGAUGGUGGAAAAACCAGAAAUAGAAGAGGGGUCACAUUCGAACUCAAAGGAAAAUUGUGGAAGGAGGAAGAAAGUUUUAGGAGGGUGUUCUGAUGAUUCUACUUCUCAGAGAAAGGAAGUGGCAGUACAGCAAGAAGAAAUAGGGUCGCAGCCUAAAGCAAAGAGAGCUUGUGGAAGGAGGAAGAGGAAUUUUGAAGAAGAGGCUAAUGAUGAUACUGGUGAUGAAGUGGAGGAAGCAUUACCGACAGGUGAAAGCUUGCAUACUGUAAUGGGGUUGGUUUCUGAGAGGGGCGAAGAUGUUUCGAAUUUUUCUUAUGAUGAUGAUCAUGAUGAAGAAGGCUUGCAUGUGGUCUUUGAAAGGAGGGAAGAAAAUGUGCCUAAUUGUCCUUAUAGUGAUGACCACAAUGAGGAAGGCAUGCAUUCUAAAACAAUGGAGGUUUCUGAAAGGAGGGGAGAAGAUGUCCCAAGUUGUUCUUAUAAAGCAGACCAUGAUGUUGUGAGUGAACGAAAGGUGGAGGAGGCACCACCAAGGAAAGAGGAGCUGUUUUGUGAAAUCAGUGGAAUUGGUGGAAAAGAAAAGAUAUCUAAAGAGGAUGGUACUAAUGAUGGUUGUUGUAAUGAGGAUUGUGACGUUGCCGCUGAAAAAAACGAAGAGGUAACACCACAGCAGAAAAAGGAAUCGGUUUAUAAAAGAAAUGAGAUUAGUGCAAAGAAGAGGAAGAUUGUAGAAGAGGAUGCUGAUGAUACCGCUGAUCGCAAUGCGGGCAUGGCAGCAUCCAAUGGAGAAAGAUUGAACUCUAAAAAAAAGAGAAUUCGUGGAAAGAGGACGGAGGGUUGGCAGGACAAGGCUGAUGCAUUAUUCAAUGAUAUGUUGAAGACCAUUCGUCAAAAGCAAGAAAAUUUACCUAAGAAAUGGACCCCAAAAGAAGAUGUCAAGAAAGUUCCUCAAGUUUCCCCUAUGCAAGACUAUACAAACUUUCCCUUGAAGUUCUACUUUGGAGAGGAUAAAGAGAGCAAUAAGGAGAAAGAAAAAACAGCCGAGGAAGAGGAGUUGGACGAGCUAUGGAGGGAGUUUAAUUUCGCGUUGGAAUGCCAAUCCCUUGAAAAUAUGAAUCCUUCCACUAUGAACUCAAAUAUUGCCAGUAAUCUGCCAGAGGCUGAGAGCAAGUCCUCCAAUUCAUGUAGUGAAGGGGGUCACCUAUAUAUAAUUAAUGAUCAAAUUGGUAUUGUAUGCAGAUAUUGUCAUCAUGUUCAACUGGAGAUUCAAUAUGUUUUACCUCCAUUUGUGACAAAUGUUACCCGUAAAUCCAGAAAGAAAAAUUCAGAUGAAGAGGGUAAUGCCUCCCUGUUGGGUGCAACAUUUUCUCAAGAAGUUAAUGUGUUGCCAUGCAAUUACUCAACACCAUCAAAGGGAACUGUCUGGGACAUGAUACCCGGUGUAAAGAAUAGGAUGCACGCCCAUCAAAUAGAAGGUUUUGAAUUUCUUUGGUACAAUUUAGCAGGAGGCAUCACUCUUGAUAAACUGAAACCAGAAGGCUCUGAAGGUAUUGGUGGGUGUGUCAUUUCACAUGCUCCAGGCACUGGAAAGACCCUUCUAACCAUUGCAUUUCUCCAAUCAUUUAUGCAAGUGUAUCCAGAUUGCAAGCCAAUACUAAUUGCACCUCUUAGCAUGAUGUGCUCGUGGAGAGAAGAGUUGAAAAAAUGGAAGGUUGACAUUUCUUUACAUAUCCUCAACAUAGAUGCAUUUUCUAGGGAGGAAGAUGCUGCAAUGCAUGAGAUGGUGUCUGAGUAUACAUCUGACAAGACUUUGGUGCGCUUGGUGAAAAUAUAUUCUUGGAGCAAAGGAAGAAGUAUUCUUGGAAUAAGCUAUGAACUGUUUUCAAAAUUGACAAUGGAGGAGCAUAAAACAAAAGAUAAAAGAAAAUACAAAGAGAUACAAGAGCUCCUUUUUAAAGAAUCAGGAUUAUUAGUCCUGGAUGAGGGUCAUACGGCUAGAAAUCAAAGCAGCAAUAUUUGGAAGGCCCUUACACAAGUGAAAACUUUAAGGCGCAUCAUGCUCUCAGGAACUCCAUUUCAGAAUAAUUUUAUAGAGCUCUUCAAUACAUUGUACUUGGUAAGACCAUUUUUUGCUGACGACAUAUUUGAGAUGAGUUCCCUAAAUCAUCCAUUUUGGCUACGAAAUUUGUCAGAGAAAAAGAGGGCAGCCAGAAUACGAAGUUCUUUUAUGGCCAAGAUUGGGCAUAAAAUUGAGUGCAGGAAAGAGGAUUCUAAUGAAUGCUUGGCUGUUCUAAGGAAUAUGGUGGAUCCGUUCAUACACUCGCAUGAUGGCUCAGUCCUUGAUAAUCUUCCUGGGCUUAGAGAAUAUAAGGUUGUUCUAAUUUUGUUUCCCAUUCAAGACACAAUCCUCAAGAGCAAAAUGUCUAAAGUUAAUCUUUUUGAUAACGAGUGCAUAGUUUCAUCCGUGGCCAUUCAUCCUUCCCUACUAAAAUCCCCCUCUAAAGAAGAUAUGCUCAAAUUCAAGCUGGAUGACAUAAGACUCAAGUGGGAAGAGGGUGUGAAGACAAGAUUCGUAAUCGAUCUAAUUCGACUAAGCAAUGUAGCCAAUGAGAGGGUAUUGAUAUUCAGCCAAUAUAUCCCUCCAUUGCGGCUUCUCAUGCAUCAGCUUGUGUCUUGUUUUGGCUGGAAGGAGGGGUGUGAAAUUCUCCAGCUAGAUGGAGAUGUUAGGGAUGUGGGGCUCCGUCAAUCCAUGAUCCAUAAGUUUAAUGACCCCAACAGUGAGGCCAGAGUUGUUCUCGUAUCAAUUAGAGCUUGUUCAGAGGGGAUAAAUCUGACUGGGGCAUCGAGAGUGAUCUUACUUGAUCCUGUUUGGAACCCUGCUGUCGUGAAGCAAGCUGUCAGUCGGGCAUUUAGGCUUGGACAGAAGAAGAUUGUAUACAUUUACCAUCUAAUUGCCCAUGAAACACUGGAACAGCAGAAGUACGAUAGGCAUGCUUGGAAGAGCUGCUUAUCGAAAUCAGUUUUUGGGACAGCGGAAGAGCACAAAGAAGAGCAGCGUAUUAAUGGGACAGAUAUCGAAGAUGAUAUCUUGAGGGAGUUAUUCGAGAAUGCGAGAUGUAUGUUUGAGGGAAUCUACUAGAUGCACCUUGGAAAUUUUGAGGGCUUGUUUUUUUUCUCGUGCAACUUGGACUUCCGUCUUUUUCUUUCCUGUUUUGAGGACUUCCUUUCUCAUCGCCCAAUUCUGUGUCAUAUACUUGGGUAAACACUUCUCUAUUCGAUCAUUUUUGUUUAAUUGUUGCCAGACAUUGGUAUUUGGUAUACAAGUUAUCUAGAUUGGUGUUCUCUUCUUCUGUUGGACUUGAAAUUGUUCCAUGAAUGUAGGAAAUAAUUUCUUGCGUA